GGCGCGGCGGGCGCCGAGGCGCGUCUACGGCCAUGGCUGCGGAGGCCGCCGCGGAGGCCCGCGGGAAGACGCUGGAGGAGGCGGUGAACCACUGGGCCCUGCUCUUCUACGCCCACCAGGCCAUGCAGGCCUUCCGGGCCGGGCGCAGCCGGGACUUCCGCCAGCUGCGGGACGUCAUCUACGCUCUGCUUGCCCGGCCCCUGGCACAAGAACAACAUAUUCUCCUUCAGCUGAGGAUUAUCCAGCUUCUAUCCAGGAUCGAAGAGGAUUGGACCAUUGAUACAGAGACUGAGCAAACACCUCUUGAAUGUGCCCUCGUUCUUCUGGAGAAGAUGAAAAACGAAGUGGACAUAGAGGCGAACGUAAUAGAGGAAAUAAGAACAAAAAUAAAGGAAGCUGCUGUUAUCGCCUGUGUUAAGAACAAAGAAUUUGAACAAGCCAACAAAAUCUUGAAGAAAUACCCGUCAAAGGACCCCAGCACCCAGAAAAUGAGAACGCUGUUGCACAGCAUCAUCCGGGAAAAGAACUCCUCUCAUCCGACCAUCUGGAACUUCUCCUACAAGGCCUUCCAGCAGGGAAUCCUUUUGGUUUUCGAAGGCUACUUGGAUGAUUCUGAGCCCUUCCUCUUGGCGAUGGCAAAAAAGAAUUCCGCUGAUUCGAUGGAGACCCAGCUCAGUUCAGUGGGAACAGCUACUGAGGAGAUGGUGGUUUCAGAGCCCGUGGGAGAAACCCUCGAAAUGGCAGCGGCAGCAGAUCCCGCGUCCACAGAAAGUGUGAAUGAAGCUUUGAUGGAGCCCGGGCCUGAAGAAGGCCGGGCCGAUGAGCUGAGGGAAGACGGGCCGCCACCUUUGGAAGGGGACAGUGAGACCACGGCGGGGCCUUUGCCCGUGGCCGUGGCAAGUCAAGAAGAAGCUGCUUCGGAACAUGCGGAAAUGGCCGGUGAAAGCGUGACCACUUCUGAACCCUCUGGAGAAGCCAAACGGGGGGCAGAACCUGCUGUGGUGGCCGUUGCCAUGGUGUCGGUGGCUUCAGACAGCGCGUGUGGAACAAUGGCGCGUCCUUUGUUUUGUAGGUGCCCGCCCAAGAGGCCGGCCUUCCAUGGGCUUUCGGCUCUGAGAGAAGCUUUCAAGGCCCUGUCUGACUGCCAAGCCCCCGAUGACGAGUUUUCGAAACUGGACGAGACGGACUGGACUUGCCCCAAGCCAUCUUCGGCAGCCCACAGAGCCAAGCGCCCGAGGGAAGAGGAGGAGGAGGAGGAGGAGGAGGACGACAAGAGGGACACGGAAGAGAAGGAGAAGGAGGAGAAUGCCGACAAAGCUGCCUCGGACUCCCAGCUGCUCUUGUGGGAGAUUAAAGGCGCGGCGACCAUUAGCAGUAUGGUUAUGGGGCCGCAGAAGGAGCGCUGCACGGGCCCGAAUCUCAGGACCCUUUUCACCAAGAAGCCGGUGAUGACUCUGGCUGUCGAGCCAGCAGAGCCACAAAGCCUUGCCCAGCCGCUGGCUCCCCCAUUUGUCAGGCUAUCCAGGGUGAAGGUGAAUCCACCAACUCUUCAGGAAGAGAAGGAGGUCUGGAGCGACGAGGACGAGCUCUUCCUGGACCAGGGAUCGAAGGGGAGAAACAGCGCUGACACUUCCAUCAGCAGCGCUAAAAGGAAGAAGUGGACUAAAGAGGAGUCUGCAUGGAUCAAGGCAGGUGUGAGGAAAUUUGGGGAAGGAAACUGGAGAGCCAUUUUCCAAGCCUAUCCCUUUAAAGAACGGACUCCCGUAAUGAUCAAAGACCGCUGGCGGACCAUGAAGAGGAUGGGACUCGCGUGAACCCAGGGAGGGUCCUGGAGGUUAAGCAUCUGGGGUCCUGGGUGGCACUGGCCACGCUCGUGCUGUGGCUGAAGUUAAGAGCGUUGCUCAGCUAGCCUUGCAGACAGCCUCUCCCCUCCACGGGACGGUGAUCCUUCCCGUUAAGAAGAAGCCACCGCUGGCCGCUCUGAGUGGACGCAGCGCUCCCUCUGAGCUCCGGGGCAGGACUGAUGUGUUACUAGUUGUUCUUCGGUUCCAGGUGAAGAGCACCGUUGCUCUCAUCACUGUUAUUUUUCCUGGUUACUUUUCGAAAGAAGUUCAGCCAGUGCCUAGAGUUGGUACUGGAGUGAAAGUGGGUCCUUGGAAAGAGGGCCAAGCCCUGUCCCGUGCUCCUUUGCCUCCAUGACAUGCAAUGAGCCAAGGAAUGCCUGUGAGGUUAGUGGCCCUGGUGCUUCGGUUCCAGCGAGAGAAAUCUCAUCAGAUGUGAAGGGUUUUCUGUCUAACCUGGCGGUACAGGAGGUGGGAACAGCCCAUUGGUUGGUUUCUGCUCAUCACUCAUGGGGGCCAAAAAGAGACUUGGGCCAAAAUGUGUGUGUGUUGAAAAAUAAAGCAGUUUUGUAUUAGCUUUUA